UUUACUUUUAUACGUAGGAAACGCAAUCAAUUUCGCCAAAGGAAACGACAUAAGCAGAAGCAACUUCAAGAACUAAAAGGACACAAAAACCUGACGACAGCAAAGGCAAGGAAACCAUCAAGCGUUGUUGAAAAUUCAAAAUUACAAUUGAAAACAUUUUUGGAUUCGGAUUGGCAAAAGCAGAGCACCGCCCCGAACCGCCCCACAGGCUAAAAGCAUCAACAUGAAUGCACUUUUGCGCCGCGAGGGAAGGACUCUGAAAACGAAUUACCACCUUCAGGGCUUCUAUACACGCUAUCUAAAGACGAGCAGUUGUGCCUGUUGCACCGCCGACUACACGAAUGUGGCUACUGGAGGGGAAUGCGAACACACUCGGAGGAGAUCCACAUCGGCCAGCAGUGCCUCACUGCGUACACUGGCGCAUCCGGGCAAACUGUUUCAGCAUGAGUCAGUAUUUAGGUACGGCUACAACUAUACGGGCCAUGGAUUUCGACAUUUGCACUCGAGUCGAUCCCUGCUCGAGUCGUCCACCUCAAAGAUCGAUGUUACGGUCAAGAAGCUGAAGAACCAGCAGAAGGAGAAGGUGGAGGAGAUCAUGAAGGAGGUGGCCAAUGGCCAGGCAUCGACAAAGACGGCAGCCGCUGCAGCCACAGCCUCUGCCGGGGUGCAUGUUAACGAGAACGCAACGUCCGCCGACGCAGCUGGAUCGACGGCGACCUCGUUGACCCAAGCGCCGGAUAAGUCGGUGGCCAAACCAAAGAAAUCCCUGGGAUUGCGCAUCUGGGAGGAGCUGGUCCACUACUACCAUGGCUUUCGGCUGCUCUUCAUUGAUGUGGCCAUCUGCUCGAAGCUUCUGUGGCGCGUGCUCAACGGCAAGAGUCUCACCAGACGUGAGAAUAAGCAGCUCCAGAGGACAACAUCCGAUCUGUUCCGAUUGAUUCCCUUCUCGGUGUUCAUUGUGGUGCCGUUCAUGGAGCUUUUGCUGCCGGUUUUCAUCAAAUUCUUCCCAGGCAUGCUGCCGUCCACGUUCCAAACGGCCAAGGAUCAGCAGGAGAAGCUGAGGCAGUCGCUGGGCGUGCGCCUGGAGGUGGCCAAGUUCCUGCAAAAGACCCUGGACCAAAUGCCCGUCCAGCAUAAGGAGCACAGCAGCGAGGAGGCCAAGCAGUUCGAGGCCUUCUUCAACAGGAUUCGCCAUCCCAGUGAGAAUGUGAGCAACGAUGACAUCAUCAAGUUUGCCAAACGCUUCGACGAUGAGAUCACCCUCGACUCGCUCUCGCGGGAGCAACUGGCGGCCCUCUGCCGUGUGCUCGAGCUGAACACGAUUGGCACGAGUAAUCUGUUGCGGUUCCAGCUGCGCCUCAAGCUGCGCUCCCUGGCCACCGACGAUCGGGUGAUUGUGCGCGAGGGCGUGGACACCCUGGAUCUGAUUGAGUUGCAGCAGGCCUGCAAGGCGCGUGGCAUGAGGGCGUACGGUCUCACCGAAGAACGCCUGCGCUCCCAGCUGAAGGAGUGGAUCGAUCUGUCGCUGAACGAACAGGUUCCACCCACGCUGCUGCUGCUGUCCCGCGCCAUGCUCAUCUCCGAUCAGGGCAAUGCCACGGACAAGCUGAAGGAGACGAUGCGGGUGCUGCCGGAUGCGGUGGGUGCCCACACGCGUCAUGCCAUUGGCGAGAGCGAGGGCAAGGUGGACAACAAGACGAAGAUUGAGAUCAUCAAGGAGGAGGAGCGCAAGAUCCAGGAAGAGCGCGAGGAGGAGCACGAAGAGGUGAUUGCCAAGCGCACAGCUAUCAAGGAUGAACAGCCCGCUCCGUACGUGUUUGCCGAGCAAUUGACAAGCGCCACUCGUACUCUGGAGCACAAGGAAGCGCCCGUGCCCGUGGCUUCCGACUCGGACAAGGGCAUCUCCUCCACGGACGUACAAAUGCUCUCCGAUGCACUGAACACACUCUCCUCCGACAAGCAGAUGGUCGUGGAGAAGGAGACCAUCAAGGAGCUGAAGGAGGAGCUGCGAGACUACAAGGAGGACGUGGAGGAGCUGCGGGAGGUGCGGCAGGUGGUCAAGGAGCCGGUGCGCGAGAGCCGAGCUGCCAAGCUGCUCUACAAUCGUGUCAACAAGAUGAUAUCCCAGCUGGACGGUGUCCUCAACGAUCUGGAGCAUCGCCAGCUGCAGAUCAAGCAGGCGAAUGCCAUCGAUUGCGCGGAGGUUGAAGCCAGCCCAGAUCGCCAGCCCACAGUUCACAUUGACGAGCUGGUGGCCACCAUCAAGCGCAUGCGCGAAGCAUCCGACGGCGAGCGUUUCAAGGUAGUCGAAGAUUUGCUCGUGAAGCUCGAUGCCGAUCAGGACGGUGCCAUUUCCGUGAACGAAAUCACCAAAGUUGUCCAAAGCAUCGACAGCCAGGCCACCAAUAUCGACAAGAAGCAGCUGGAGGAGUUUACCCAGCUGCUGACAACGCAGGCAACGAAGCGACGCAACGAGGAAAUUGUCCACAUCGACGAUCUCAUGCAGAACAUUAAGCGGCUCAAGGAGACCAGCGACGAUGCGCGCCUCAAGCAUAUCGAGCAAGUGCUGGACAAGUUUGAUGCCGACAAGGAUGGCGUGAUUACCGUCAACGAAAUACGAAAGGUGAUGGAGUCCAUUGGUCGUGACAACAUCAAGCUGAGUGAGAAGGCCAUCGAUGAGCUCAUUUGUCUGCUGGACAAGGAGCAAAUUUUGCAUGCAGAGGAGAAGAUUGAGCGGGCCAUUGCUCGUAGCUUAAAGGAUGCCGAGAAACUCAAGGCUGAGGUGGACAAGAAGGACAAGGAGCUGGCCAAUCUGGUGGAUGGACUUCACGACUCUGCCAAGGAGAUCAAGGACAUUGCCAGCGAUUUGGGUGCCACGGACAUAGCUAAAAAGUUGAAGGCAGAAGCCCCAUUCCAAGACACGGCUAAGACGUUGACGGACUGCGCCAAGGAGCUGAGCGAUGAGACGCCAAAGCCCCCAGAGGAUAACAAAACGAAUCCUAAACGCAGCGCACCGCAAAAAGAUUCGAAAGAUUCAGGUCCACCCAAGUCGUCCGGCGGAGGCGGUGGCAGUGGCGGCGGUGGUGGUGGCAUUUCCGCGAGUGCCGGCAAUGUCACCACAGAAGCCGUGAUCCGCGAGGCAGCCGAGCGUCAGAUGGAAAAGCUGCUGCCCAAGGACAUUAACCUACCGCCCACGAUACCGACUCCAACAGCAGCCAUACCGCCUGCCACGAAUAAGCCAACGGCCGCGGCAAGCGCAUCGCCUCAAGCCCCAUCCUCGGCAAAUUCCUCCAAGAAGGUGCUCUAACAGACCGACAAGGCCUCGAGGAAAGGAACGACCAAGACGCCUCCCAAGUCAAAGUAAUUCAAGGAGUGAAGCACGAGAAGGAGGCGGAUAAAUAUGUUUGCUUAUGUGUCCAGAAUGUUCUUACUGCAAUUAAGAUUGAUUGUUACCAUAAACUAUAAACCACACAACAAACCGAGAGAACCGACAGAACGCCGCCCCACACUAAUACGAAAAAUCAAAUGCUGUAUUUAACUUGAAUUCUAGAUGCUGGCUAGAUGGAUGCUAGAAAUUAGACGAUAGAAAUAGGAGCGAUUCACGACUACUUAACGCGUGGCUGUAGUAAAGUAUCCUCUCCCUCGCUCUACGAGUAAGGCACAAACACAAAUAUAUGAAUAUCCAACAGACCCACUUGAAAUACCUUAACCUAGUUAUACACUACAAAUAUAUACAAUAACCGACACUAUAUGUAUGUUACGCAUCUGCAUUCAUCAGCCCAGAAAUGAUGAUUGUUGAUGAAUGGAAAGAUGCGCCACUUCACUUGGCGAAGCGAUUGUGAUCAGUAAGCGAAAAUGUUAAUUUACAAUUUAGUUCAGAUUAAAUUUGUAUCGAUACGAAUGGAGGAUGCAGCAGGCCAGAGCGGAGAGAUAUUUAAAUUAAAGAAUUAAAAUUGAAUUUUGUGAGAAACCAGGUGAUAAUUCUAAACAAUAAUGUGUAUGUGCUUGAAUGAAUUAAUUAGUUUAUGAGAGUUUGUAAAAGUGUUUUGCAAUAAAAAGUUAGUAU